GACUCCCAAGUGCACAAGACGGCCUCCACGACCCUCGAGCUCAAGACCCCCGUGGUCGUACUCACAGCCAAGGACCUCAUGAGGGAGAUGGAGUGGCAGAGGCUGCCCAAACACAUUAAGAGCAUCACGACCGUCAAGAUGCCGAAACAAUCAAUGAUGAUCCCGAGCUCGAGUGCGGGUUCGGCGAGCAGGGCCGAUUAUGACGAGCUGUUCUGCUUCCGCGACCCCUCUAGGCCCUUUCGUGAGGGGAACCUGGUGCAGACCAUCGGCGUUUCGAUCGAGCAGUCCGCGUUGGCUGAGCAGUUCUGGGGUGGCCAAGCAUGCAAGAUGGCCGAGAAGACCUCCCGCGAGUUAGACGUGCAGCUUGGCUUGAACGGCGUGGCCGACACUUACCGCACCAUGCAGACCCUCGACGAGUUUAAGAAGACAAGGGAGGUGAAGAAGCUACCGCGCUCGAACCUCGGUGCUGAGGGUGAGACGGCGGGAGGAGGAACGGUCAUCGUCGAGGACUGCGUCAACUCUGAGGACGAGGAUGUGCAGCUGGAGGCCGCCGUCCACGCGAGUGCCCUGGCUCAGUCGCCCGACGGGGCCUCGCAGAUUGACGACAAUACCUUCGCUGAGCUGGUCAGCGAUGCCCGAGCGAACCUGAAACGGUCAUCCUCCUUGUGCACCAUGCCUUAUUACGACGGCGAUCUUGACGCGGGCGGCUCCGCGGUCAAGACAUCCCGCAGGUCUGGUGCAAGUGCUGGGGAUCCAUCCCCAGGUAAGACCCCUUCAUGGUGCGGCCAGUCGGCAGCGGGCACCGCCUUCGGCGACGAGGACGAAGUGCAGGACUUCAAGUUGGAAGGGGAGGCGCUCUACCAGAGGAAGCUCAGCCGCUUGCCGUUGACGAGGAUGAUGGCGGAGGACAUCAAGGGGGGCUGGGGCCGCGCAGUCGGGGGCGCCGAGAAAGCAAUGAAAAGGUUGGCGUCCAAGGAUGAGCACAAGGUGAUUGGCGCCAAACUCCAGGACCACAUUGAUCUUGCCAAUGAAUGCUUGCAACUGCUGCCCGCAUCGUUACCGACCCUCCCUCGCGAGAAGGUGCUCAGAAUUGCGGCGAACCUGAAGGCCAAAGGCGUUGCCAUCGCGAUUUCUACCCAGAUCUCUUUGACAGUGAAGGAGGCGGGCCAUAUCAUCCAGAUGUACAUUGAGCCCACGAGACUCCACGUUACGGAUCAGCAGGUGGGCUCGUUGCUUCGGACUCUAUUACCCCUCGCUCUUGAGGUCAAGGAGGUUUUCGACCCAGAGCACCCGAGGCUCGCCGCGAUCGAGGUCGCCGAUGGGCCGAAGUUUGACACGUGGACGAAAGUUGUCUUGACAUCCUUCAUCGUUCCCCGCAUCUACGACGGAAAGGAGUACAGCAAGCACGUUCAGUUCUUCUUUCAGGCACCCGGCAAGCACAUCAAGCAGGUCGACAAGCUGGAUCUCAACGGGCCCGAGGCUCAAAUGGUCAGCGAGGUCGAAGACAUCAACACAGUAUUCGAUUGUCUAUCAGGGGGGCUCGACCAGGCAGCGGCAAACUCCAGCAUAAUCAAAGAGUUCAUCGAUGUCUCGAAGACUGAGGGCUCGGGGUGGUGGUUGUCAGUGGCCAGCGCGCGCAUGCGCACGAACUUCUACAAGGAGCAGCUGGAGAAGAUCCAGCGCGACAUGCCCUUCAUGGAGCCCGUGAUGGAGGAAAUCUGCAAGAUCAACGAGAAGCUGAACAACACAAGCAGCUCGGUCAUUGGACAGGGCUUGAACGACGCUGCGAAGCUAUUGACCGACUAUGCGGAUCACGCUGGCGAUUGGUUGAAGCCGUUCGCAGAGAGCAUCAAUGGGAAAGCGCAGGCAUGGUUCGACAUGAUCGUCCACGUGGAGAUGCUGUUUGACUACAGCGUGGACAGCGCGCAGGACGCCAAGAUGACCGAGGCCAAGGAGGUUACAACACAGGCGGUGCAGGAGAUCGUGCACGAGCUGAGCUUAGCUUUCCCGAUGGGCGACUGGACGCACGACAUGACUGCGAGGUUGGGAUGUCUGCUGAAAAGUGCUGCCGAGGCGAGGUUCGCCAAGAAGUUCGAAGCUGUUCUCGUCGGCAUCAAUGGCGCCCUCGAUUCCUCCAACGCCCCGCCAGAAGAUAGUCGCCAUCAGUUAGCCUCUGUGCUUGUCGAGGCGAGGGUCACCGAGCAUUUCUUCCAGACCGAGACCCAGGGCAUACUCAAGGAUUGCAUCGCCAAGGUCAGCAGCAUGAGGGUCGAGCUUCUGGACUUGAAGACGUUGUCGCGCGCGGGGCUUCAUCUACGUAAGAUCCUCGCCAAGUUGAAGUUCUACCAGGAGCCGCAGGGAUCCCAGCCCUCUGAAAGCAAUGCGCUGGUGUGCCAGGACCUGGCCGACCACCUUCUCUUGGCCAUGGACAGGUCCACGUCCAUGCUGAAUACAUUGGUGGAGAAGGGCAGCGAGUACACAGUCGAGGACAAUCUCACGAGUGUGAUAGAUAUGAAUCGGUACUCGUUGGGUGAUGCUGCUGGCGGGGAUGCGCACUGGCUCACCUCAGAGAAGCCGCUUGCGGAGUGGACCAAGUGGGAGGAGCUGCACGCGAAGUUCGUGACAAGCUUCGCGAAGCUACCCGCAGGCAAGAUGAAGGCCGCAAUCGAGGAGUGCAAGGAGAAGCUCAAAAACACACAGAAGCUGGAGACCAUGUUCAGCAUCGAUCUCAAGAGCAAGAACAUGGCUGAUGACAUCAAGGCUGCCAGCACUACGAAGCUCACCUGCGCGAUGAUCAAUGAGGUCAUGAAGGCGAUCUUGCAGCUGCGGGAGGUGCACGGGCUGAAGAAGGGCGAUGACUACACCCCGUACCUGCCGAAGGUCUUGGUCGUCGAGGCCGAGUCGGUUGUGGCGAAGAAGCGG